AUGUACCGUCGCAGCUACGUGUUCCAGGCCCGCCAGGAGCAAUAUGAACGGGCGGACCAGGCCUCUGGCCCGGCCGAGGCCGAGCUCCAGGUCCUAGAGUCCCGGGUCGCCGAGCCCAGCCUGGCAGCGCUGCAGGGACUGGGCGAGCGCGUGGCUGCCCACAUCCAGCGCGCCCGAGCGCUCGAGCAGCGCCACGCGGGCCUCCGGCGGCAGCUGGACGCUUUCCAGCGUCUGGGCGAGCUGACCGGCCCCGAAGAUGCCCUUGCUCGCUACAUCGAGGCCAACCACCAGCGUGCUCGGGACCUGGUGGCUGAGCGCGCCCGGCUGGAGCGCCAGGGCGCAGAGGCGCAGCGCACGCUCGAUGAGUUCCGGACCAAGUAUGAAAAUGAGUGUGAAUGUCAACUGGUGCUAAAAGAAAUGCUUGAACGGCUUAACAAGGAAGCCGAUGAAGCCCUAUUGCACAACCUGCGCCUUCAGCUCGAAGCCCAGUUUCUGCAAGAUGAUAUUAGUGCAGCCAAGGACAGAUACAAAAAGAACCUGCUAGAAAUUCAGACCUAUAUCGGCAUCCUGCAGCAGAUCACCCAGACGGCUUCUCCAGCAUCCACCAUUAUGACUGGGAUGAAGGAGGAGAAGCUCCUGACAGAACGGGAAGUGGCGGCCCUGAGGAGUCAGCUGGAGGAGAGCCAGGAGGUGCUGCACCACCUGCAGGUGCAGAGAGCAGAGCUGCAGGCUCAGACAAUGACCCUGGAACAAGCUAUUAAAAGUGCCCAUGAAAGUUACGAUGACGAGAUACAGAUUUACAAUGAGCAGAUCGAGGGCCUGAGGAAGGAGAUUGACGAGGCCGAGCGGACGCUGGAGAAGUCUUCCUAUGACUGCCGGCAGCUGACUGUGGCCCAGCAGACCCUAAGGCAUGAGCUGGAUCGCUAUCAUCGGAUCCUGGAGAUUGAAGGCAACAGGCUGAGCUCUGCCUUCAUGGAGACGCCCAUCACCCAGUUCACCCCAAGCCGUGGGGCCUCCCUCAGCCUUGGCUCCAGUGCAAAAGAUCUCACCAGGGCUGUUCAGGAUAUAACAACAGCUAAACCAAGACAAAAAGGCCUCCCCAGGAGCCUUCCAAGAAGAAAGGAGAUUAUAACUCAAGACAAAGCAGAGGAAAGUGUGCAAGAUGCAUCAUUAAAAAUCCAGCAAGAUACCAAAUCAGUGCAGGCAGAAUUUAAAGAAGAAGGUGAUCAGCAGAGAGCAGGGGAUGGAGAAACAGGUUCCCCAGAUCAAGAGGGGAGGCCAGAGGAUGUUCCAGAUGGAGGGCAGAUAAGCAAAGCCUUUGGGAAACUAUGCAAGAUGGUCAAGGAGAGAGUAAAAGGUCCCAAAGAGCCUGUGCCGGAGCCCUCCAUUGGCCUCUACACCAAAGGGCACCAUGUGUUAGUCACAGGGGAUGCCAGUUAUGUGGACCCUGGCUUCCACUCCUCCUCCAUCCCAGCCAGGGGCAGGGUGCUGAUUUCCAUUGAGGAAGACCCUAUGAGUCAUGAUGGCCAUGUGGAGCCAUCUCCAGAGCAGCCCACACCACCUCUAGAGAAUGGACCAGAGGGUCCCCAGGGAAGAGAUGGUGGGAGAGUCAGCAACCAGCAGGCUACAGAUAAGGAGAAUGGGAUAAAUGCUGAAGAAGCAAAAGGUCCCAGGGAGAAAGAUGAUGGCCGGAAGGAAGAAGAAGGGCCUAAGAGAGUCUGCCCCGUGAUCAUAUCUGGUCCAGAGGGACCAUCUACACCCCAUGCCCAGGGGCCUGAGGCCAGCCAGGAUAGAGCUGAAGGGCCUGGGAACAAGAACAGCAGCCUGCUGGGAAAAAUCCCUCCCAAGUCUUUGGCUUUUAAGAAGGUAGAAGUAGUGGAAUCCAUUGAGAAGAUCUCAACGGAGAGCAUUGAGACGUAUGAAGAGACGUCUGUAAUUGUGGAGACUGUGAUUGGAAAGACAAAGGCCAACAAGAAACUGGGAGAGAAGGGCUCCUAAAAUGCCUAAGUUCAAUGGCAGAAUUGUCUUUUGGGGUGUGUGGGGGCUACUGUAGGGAAAAUAUCCUGAUAUUUUAGAACAAAUGAUAAAAGAGUGCUCAUUCCUGUUUGGA